AUGGAAGAAUUGCCCAUCGAACCAAAGGGCAUUUUUUGGCAAGAUGACUUUGUUGAUGCGGAGCACGAGCAGCGCCUCAUCAAAAUCUUCCGCACAGAGUUGAAAUGGCCCGAUCGCCCAGGCCGCAUAUCACUCCACUACGGCUACACAUUCGACUAUAAAACAUUUGGGAUUGACCCAGAAAUCCCUUAUAAAGAGUUUCCAGAAUGGCUGCAGCCACUCAUACCCACUACAGAAUCUCGCCCGCCAGAGCAGGUCUGUCUUCAAUACUAUCCCCCAGGCGCUGGUAUACCACCCCAUACCGAUGCCCAUAUGGCUUAUGACCAGCUCUAUGCGUUAUCUCUUGGCGCACCAACUAUCAUGCAAUUUCGCAAGGGCGAGAACCGGGUUGAUGUGGAUUUGAAGCCUCGGAGUAUGAUGCAGAUGACUGGCGAUUCCAGGUUGCAUUGGACUCAUGGUAUUAAGAAGCGCAAAAAUGAUACUUUGGUCGAUGGGACCGUGAGGCCGCGUGAAGAUCGUUGGAGUAUUACUUAUCGGUGGGUUAGGGAGGGAGAGUGCGAGUGUGGGAAUAUUGACUUAUGCGAUGUUGCUCAACGGCGCAAUGGAGUUGAAAAGGAGAAGCGAUCAGUGAAGGAACUAGCGGCGAAAGAUUCAUGA